AUUGCUAGAGAGAGAGAGAGAGAGAGAGAGAGAGAGAGAGAGAGAAGAGAGAGUUUCCGUGUUUUAGUUCCGUUGGUGACCCUUUCUGGUGGGCACUGCCCAGUUGGAUUUUUCAAGCUCAAGUUGAAAUGGUUGUCAUGCUUAGUGCCCGUCUCCACAGUCGUUACCUCUGCUCUUCCUUCAGGUAGAGAUUGUAAAUACACAGGUCAAGCAGUGAGAGCACUUCCUAUACGCAUAAUAUCAGUAGGGAAGAAGAGAUCCCAAGGUGUACAACUCGUAGUGGAUGAGUACAUUGAAAAGCUUAAGCUCUACUGCAGCGUUGAUGAUGUUCACAUACGGAACAACCCUAAAAACGCACAUGAUUCGAAGGCUCAGGUUGAUCAUGAAGACAGUGCUGUCAUGGACCUGAUAAGGUCCGAUGAUUGGGUGGUGCUGUUGGAUGAGCGUGGGAAAGACAUAGGGUCGGAGAGGAUGGCAGAGUUGGUGGGGGAUGCAGGGAAUACAGGAGCUUCAAGACUAUCCUUCUGCGUCGGUGGACCUUACGGCCAUGGAAAACAAUUGCGAGAACGUGCUGAUGUUUGUAUCAAGUUGUCUUCUAUGGUUUUAAACCAUCAAAUUGCAUUAGUUGUUCUUGUAGAACAACUUUAUAGGUCGUGGACUAUUCUGAAAGGACAGAACUAUCAUCGGUAGCCUUUCAUUUACUGGUCUGAACAGUGAACAAUACCAACAGCGUUGAGAGCACAGUUUCUGAUCGAGUGUUUGGCCGACUUGAAGAAGAAUUUAAUGAAGCGGGGUCUUAACUUGCUCAUUCAACAUGGGAAGCCCGAGGAGAUUCUCCCUGAUCUUGCAAAAGCUUUUGGAGCUCAC